AUGGAGGGUCAAACUCCAAAAACGAGUUUGAGUGCUCGACUAGAACUUCCAGGGGGACAAGUCGCCAAAGUAAGGGUUGGGCUAGUUAGAGAAUUUACCACACUUGCUCUUGAGAAUUUUCUUAUGAUGAUCUUUCUAGAUGAGUCCUCUGCCACCGCUUGGGGUGAAAGGCGGACUCACGCCCUUACAAGUGGGAGCACCCCUAAGGGCAAUCCUGGUGGAAAAUGGGAAAAGGUACGGCAUGGAGACCUCCGACACUAG